AUGGGUGCUUCAUGGCCACCACCCCACCGCCCCGGCCCGCACAGGAUGACCGACGACGAGCAGCGCACACCUUCGCCGCUCACGCCGCCACUCGAGGCGCUCUACUGGACGCAGUACGGCCAAUGGUACCCCAUCUUCCGCAAGCACGCACCCAAGUCCACGGUGAUCGACAUCCGCACCGUCGAGCCGCGCUUCCUCGACUGGCUGGGCGCCGACACGUUCAUCCUCCCCGACGGCAGUGGGCCCUCGACUCUACCGCGCUUCAGCUCCGCCAACUCCACCGGCUCCAGCUUGUCGCAUAGCGAUGACGAGGAUGAGGACGAGGAGGCGGAGGAGGCGGAGGCAGUGGUGAGGCUCUCGAGUCUGGAUGCGGCGAUCCGCGCGGUGGUGGAGCGGUACAACGGCGGGCCGGUGUUCGCCAAGCUCAACUGGAGUGCGCCGCUGGAUGCGAGCUUUAUGCUUGCGGGCAACAACCUGCAGUGCAUGCAUCCGGAGGACGUGUACUUGCUGCUCAAGAGCAGUGAAUUUGUCGGGCGCGAUCUGGAGCAAAUCAGCCAGACCCUUCACCCUUCGGACACGGCGGCGGACGGCGGGGCGGCACUUGAAGUGAGCACUGCGGAUGCGGGAGUGGUGGGAGAGAUUCGGCCGCAACUGGUGCUGAAAAAGUGGUUCCAGCUCGCAAGGUCGUACGAGUUCCGCUGCUUUGUGCGCGCACGCACGCUGCUCGCCAUCUCCCAGCGGGACAUGACGUUCUACGACCAUCUACAGGACACGCACCUCCAGGCACAACUACGCACCGCCAUCCACACCUUCUGGCAGACAGUAGUUGAAGGGGCGACCGAAUUUCCACUUCGCGAUUAUGUGCUGGACGUGUAUGUGACCAAAGACCUGGGGCGGGUGUGGAUCAUCGACUUCAACGCCUGGCUGCCGCGUACCGAUCCGCUGCUAUACACCUUUGACGAGCUGGAGCAGCUUCACCUUGACCCCCCCGCGCAAGCAGAGCUGCGCGUGCUGGAGGAUAAACGUCUCAGCUCCGCAGGCGGGACGGGCGCAACGUAUAGCAGCAACAUGGUCCCCACCGACCUGGUGCAGUUCGCCAAAUCCUCCUCCGCCGGCACAAAUUCCACUCACCCUCAGUCGGUCGAUCAAAUUGUUGCCAGCUGGAACGCCCAAGUCGACUUGGAAGACUCCCACACACCUUAA